UUUCUUAAAAGGACACCUCAACUACUCCUUCUUCUCCACUCUCUCUCUCUCUCUCUCUCUCUCUCUCUCUCUCUCUCUCCUCCACAGUUCCACAGAAGGAUUGUUCUUAAGCUUUGGAUAUGGUUUCUGGCAGGAGGUUAACUUCACCAAUUGAUAGCUAUGGAGAUUGUCCAGAAAGAGUCUGCACCAGCAGCUGUCUUCAAUGGUGCAUCAACAUCCUUCCUCCUCCGUCGCCGGAUGAUAUUCCCGGCGAUGAUUCCGGCCCCAAUUUCUCCCCUCUCAUCAUCACCAUCAUCGUCAUUCUGGCAACUACUCUCCUCGCAGUCACCUUCUACACCAUCUUCACGAAGUACUGCAGGAGAAGACGAAGAACCGCGAGCAGCGCGGACGACGUGGAAGCGAAUCGCGACGAGGCGCCGCGAGAUCAGCGGCGCGUGGCUUCUCCGGCGGUGGCGGUUAAGAACUUUAAGGUUUUUAAGUACAGGAAAGGCGGCGUUGGAGCUGUGGAAGGCAGUGAAUGUUCUGUUUGCUUGGGAGAGUUUCAGGAAGGUGAGAGCCUUAGGUUGUUGCCUAAUUGCAGCCAUGCUUUUCACCUCCAUUGCAUCGACACGUGGCUGAAAUCUCAGCCCAGUUGCCCUAUUUGUCGCGCAAAUGUAGCGCUUGAUCCCAGUCCAGUGCCGCCGCCGCCGCCGGCGGUGGCGCGGCGUCCUCCAGCUCCCACCGCUCGGAACAACACAGAUUGAAUCAAACCAGUUCUGAAGUUCAGAGACAAAACGACUAUUGCAAAGAGAUCACCUUUGAUGAUUAUGAUGAAUUGCAGCUAGCAGAAGAGAAACAAGAAUUUUCACAGGUCUGGACAUGGUAAAAAAAAAAAGAGGCAAGAACUAUGCAAUUGAAGCUCCAUGUUUGUGUUUUCUAGUCUAGUUUAAUUUGCUAACUGUAAUCCAAAAAUAUUCCACUUUUUUGUAACAAUCUUGAUCUGAAACACAGUUCUGUUUGGGGGA